UCUAUUUGAAAAAAAUUAAUGAAAAAAAGUUAUUGAUUUAAAAUAAUAGAAUAUAACAAUUGAAUUUUGAGAAAUAUUUAUUUUAAAGGAAUAGGUUUUCAUGGUAAAAUCUACAAUAAUUGUAAGAGUUACAGACGGAUUACCAUUAUGUGCAUCUGUUGAUGAUAAACAUUCUGAAAUAGAACUAUUAGAGCAAAAGCAACAAUGUAAAGUUAUAUUUCGGAAACUAACUAUAAAUUCCGAAAUAAGGGCAUCAAUUGAGUCUGGACAGUAUUUUUUACACUAUUUUAUUGAUAAUAAUGUUUGUUACCUUUGUAUAUGUGACAAAUCAUAUCCACGAAAGCUUGCUUUUUCUUAUUUAGAUGAAAUAUCAAAGGAGUUUUGGAAUGUUUAUGGCAAUGAUGUUACAAAGUUAUCCUUAAGACCUUAUGCUUUUGUGCAGUUUGAUACAUUUAUACAAAGAACAACUCGUCUUUAUCUUGCUCCGCGUGCUUCUUCUAAUCUUGAUAAACUAAAUAAUGAACUUCAGGAUGUCACACGUGCUAUGACAAAAAAUAUUGAAGAUUUAAUAUACAGGGGCCAUAGUUUGGAUAGAAUGUCAAAUUUAUCUUCUGAUCUUCGUUCUGAAUCCAUCAAAUAUAAAAAGGCUGCUAAAAAUAUAAACUUUCAUGCAUUUUUACGCCAUUAUGGUGCUAUAUGUACAAUUGUUUUUAUUAUUGUAUUAGUUAUUUGGUGGAGAUUUUUUUGAUGAUCAAUAUAUAAAAUAAAAAAAAUAAUGCAUGUAGUAUUUUUAUUUUUAAUGUAGAAAAUUGUCAUAGUAAUAGGUCAUUGUCUGGAUCUUCUUCAUCUAAAUCAUCUUCCGAACCAGGUGAAUAGAAUAUUGAACUUUCUGGUUGAUAUAUAGCUAUUAUUAGUAAGAAAUAAUGUUAUAUAUAUACUUUCUAAUAUACUUUGUGAUUUGAAAUGUGG